AGAAACAGAUGAAACUAACUUAAAUAAUAUACUCAUUUAAACCAAUAAAUCCCAAAUAUUAUCUCAGCACGUAGUCAAUAUAAAAAUUAUCGAGGAGAUACCUGGCAUUCUUUCUUCGACAUCCGGUGUGUAUUUUACAUUUAGAACACAUUUAAUUCGCACUCGCCACAUUUCAAGCGCUCAGUUGCCACCUGCCGGCUAGGGGUUACCGCUUGGUUCAGCGCACCAGUGGAGGGUUUUCAAACAGGAGCUUGGACCCACCCGGACAGUAGAGAAGACGCACUUCCGCCGGACGGAGCGCCCCGGACGGAAAUUGCGGCGGAACGGAAGUUGCGCGUGUGCGUGCGCAGCCGCAGACAGCUGAGCCGGGAGCUUGGCCACUGAGAGGAGCUUCAGCGCCUGGACGCCAGGCUUUCGGGCAGCGUCUUUGGGCUGUUUUAGUGCCAUGCAUCCUUUACAGUGUGUCCUCCAAGCGCAGAGAUGUCUGAGGUGGGGGCCCUUGGCCUCUGUGUCCUGGCUGCUGCUGAGGACCUGCAGGGCACACAGUGGUGUCCGCAGCUCUGCAUGUCCCAGUCCAGAGACGCGGCAGGAGGAUGGAGUUUGGAAGGAUUUCAGCUCCAGGCUGGCCACUGGACCGACUUUUCAGCAUUUUUUAAGAAGUGCUUCCGUUCCUCAAGAGAAACCGUCUACUCCAGAUGUGGAGGACCCACCCCCGUAUCUCACAGUGGAUGAACUUUUAGGAAGGCAGAGAAAAGUCUACCUUGAGACCUAUGGCUGCCAGAUGAAUGUGAAUGACACAGAGAUAGCCUGGUCCAUCUUACAGAAGAGUGGCUACCUCCGGACCAGUAACCUUCAGGAGGCUGAUGUGGUCCUCCUUGUCACAUGUUCUAUCAGGGAGAAGGCUGAACAGACCAUCUGGAAUCGUUUACAUCAGCUCAAAUCCUUGAAGUCAAAACGGCUCCGCUCCCGAGUGCCUCUGAGGAUUGGGAUUCUAGGCUGCAUGGCUGAGAGAUUGAAGGAGGAGAUCCUCAACAGAGAGAAAACGGUGGAUAUUUUGGCUGGUCCAGAUGCCUAUAGGGACCUUCCUCGGCUGCUUGCUGUUGCCGAGUCAGGCCAGCAAGCUGCCAAUGUUCUGCUCUCUCUGGAUGAGACCUAUGCUGAUGUCGUGCCAGUCCAGACGAGCCCCAGUGCCACUUCUGCUUUUGUGUCUAUCAUGCGAGGCUGUGACAACAUGUGCAGCUACUGCAUUGUUCCUUUCACACGUGGCCGGGAGAGGAGUCGGCCUGUUGCCUCCAUUCUAGAGGAAGUGAGGAAGCUUUCUGAGCAGGGGCUGAAAGAAGUGACACUCCUUGGUCAGAAUGUUAAUAGUUUUCGGGACAAUUCAGAGGUCCAGUUCAACAAUGCAGUGUCUACCAACCUUAGCCGUGGCUUUUCCACCAACUAUAAAGCCAAGCAAGGGGGCCUUCGUUUUGCUUACCUUCUGGAUCAGGUCUCCAGAAUAGAUCCUGAAAUGAGGAUUCGUUUCACCUCUCCCCACCCCAAGGACUUUCCUGAUGAGGUUCUGCAGCUGAUUCAUGAGAGGGACAACAUCUGUAAACAGAUCCACCUACCAGCCCAGAGUGGAAGCAGCCGUGUAUUGGAGGCCAUGCGGAGGGGAUAUUCAAGAGAAUCUUAUGUGGAAUUAAUUCAUCAUAUCAGAGAGUCUAUCCCAGGUGUGAGCCUCAGCAGCGAUUUCAUUGCUGGCUUUUGUGGUGAGACGGAGGAAGAUCACCUCCAGACAGUGUCUUUGCUUCAGGAAGUUCAGUACAACAUGGGCUUCCUCUUUGCCUACAGCAUGAGACAGAAGACACGGGCAUAUCACAGGCUGAAGGAUGAUAUCCCGGAAGAGGUAAAAUUAAGGCGUUUGGAGGAACUUAUCACUGUCUUCCGAGAAGAAGCAACAAAAGCCAAUAAGACCUUUGUGGGUUGUACCCAGCUGGUGCUGGUGGAGGGGGUAAGGCUAUGUGUAUCCUAA